UGGAGUUGCCUCCCUUCAAUCAAUUUUCGAUCAAGGACAAGACUUAGUGUGCGAAGAUGCUUGGGUCAGGGGUCAGAGGUCGUGCCCUGCAGGGGGCGUGGCAUGUUAUUCAAAACCAACUGCGACAGGUACAGACGAGUGGUGUACAAGCAGCAGCGGCUGCCGACGUCAAGCCAUUCUUCUACCAGGAUAUCUUUGAACAUGAGAAGAAAGCAGAAGUCCCAUGGAAAAAGUUAUCAGGCGACUAUGUAUCGACGUUUGAUGUGAAGGGAAGGAAGGUUCUUCACAUACAACCUGAAGCCUUGACCUUGCUGGCAGAGAAUGCCAUGAUUGACAUUUCUCAUCUCCUUCGACCCGGACAUCUCCAGCAACUGUCAAAUAUCCUAAAAGAUCCUGACGCCUCCAGUAACGACAAGUUUGUGGCUCUGGAACUGUUGAAGAAUGCAAAUGUUGCAGCUGGGAUGGUGCUGCCUGGUUGCCAAGAUACAGGAACAGCUAUCUGCAUUGGUAAGAAAGGUCAGUAUGUGUGGACAGAGGGGAGGGAUGAGGAUGCUCUUUCAAGAGGGGUAUACAACACUUACACCAAGAGGAACCUCAGGUAUUCCCAGGUGGCACCACUGGACAUGUUUAAAGAGGUCAACACGAAGACAAACCUUCCUGCCCAGAUCGAGCUGUACGCCACAGAUUCCUCUCAGUAUGACUUCCUGUUUAUGGCCAAGGGAGGUGGCUCGGCCAACAAGACAUUUCUCUAUCAACAAACAAAGGCAUUGCUGAAUCCUGAAAGACUUAUGAAGUUUGUAGAUGAAAAAAUUAAGACAUUAGGUACAGCUGCCUGCCCUCCCUAUCAUCUGGCCAUCGUGAUUGGAGGAACGUCAGCAGAGCUCACACUGAAGACCGUCAAACUGGCCUCCACACGAUACCUGGAUACUCUCCCCUCUUCAGGCAAUGACCAUGGCAGAGCUUUUCGUGACCUUGAACUGGAGCAGCAAAUCCACAAACUGACUCAGAAAAUGGGGAUUGGUGCUCAGUUUGGCGGCAAAUAUUUCUGUCAUGAUGUGCGAGUCAUCCGCCUACCGAGACAUGGAGCUUCCUGCCCUGUGGGCAUAGGGGUGUCGUGUUCAGCAGACAGACAGGCACUUGGCAAAAUAACAGAAGAGGGCGUGUUUCUGGAACAGCUGGAGACUGAUCCCAUCAAGUAUCUUCCUGAGGUGGAGGCAGAGGACCUGGGAGGAGAGGUUGUGCAGGUUGAUCUGAACCGACCAAUGAGCGAGGUGCUGCAACAACUUAACCAGUGUCCAAUCAAAACUCGUCUGACGCUGACAGGGACGCUGGUGGUUGCGAGGGACAUCGCCCACGCCAAGCUGCAGGAGAGGUUAGACAAGGGGGAAGAGAUGCCCCAGUAUAUGAAGGACCACCCUGUGUACUAUGCUGGGCCUGCCAAAACACCUGAGGGAUAUGCAAGUGGAUCGUUUGGACCCACGACAGCGGGCAGGAUGGACUCCUAUGUGAACUCGUUCCAGGCUGGGGGAAGCAAGGUCAUGUUGGCCAAGGGCAACCGGAGUCGCCAGGUAACUAAAGCAUGCAAGACCCAUGGAGGGUUCUACCUGGGAUCCAUCGGGGGUCCAGCAGCCAUUUUGGCCCAGAACUGUAUCAAGAAUGUCGAAGUCCUUGAAUAUCCUGAACUUGGUAUGGAGGCAAUAUGGCGAGUGGAGGUGGAGAAUUUCCCAGCAUUCAUUGUGGUGGACAAUAAAGGAAAUGACUUUUUCCAGGAAUGGCAGCUGGAGUAAUGUGACUGGUGUAACCUAGGGCAACAGUAUUCUUGAUGGAUGCUUUGUGGAGGACACAUACUUGAUGGAGAUGGAUGGUUCAUGAAUUCAUGCUUCAUAUGAAAUUAUACUAAGAAAUACUUGUCAAGAAGGGUACUUAGUAUAUUGUAAAGGAUACUUUAAAAAUACUUCCCACAGAAUAAUACUUCAUGAAUAAUUUAUAAUUUUCUUGAUUCAUUGAGAUACUCAUUGAAUAUUAAGAGGAUUCAUGAAUAAUUCAUUAAAGAUUCUUCAUGAAUACCUUAAAAGGAUUCUUUCUGAGUAUCUUAUAAGGAGUUGCCAUGAUUGCUUUAUGGAUUCUUCAUAAAUACUUCAUAAAGAUUUCAUAAAUACAGCAAAAAACUUCAGUAAGAACUCUUUGUAAAUAUUUCAUCAGAAUUCUUCAUGAACACUUCCAUGAGAAUCCUUCUGGAAUAAUUCCAUACAGAUUCUUCAAUAUUUUGGAAUGGAUUCAUAAUGAUUCAUAAUGAAUAUUUCCAAAAGGAUUCUUCAUGAAUACUUAAAGAAUGAAUACUUUAUGAUGAUAUUUCAUGAAUACUGAACAAGUACUGAUGAGUAAACUGCACAGGGUUUGUGAUACUGUUGAUGGUUAUUAGAGUGUGAAUGAUCAGUGAUUGGAUUAUGGAGACCUUAGAGAAUUAAACAUGUAUAUUGUUGUUC